GCCUCUCCUUUUUGAGACUUUGAUGGGCUAAUGUUAAUUUAAUGUUUCAACUGGUUUUAAGGAUUUUGAUUGGAGUUUGAGAACUUUGAUGAUACUGGUUCAACUAAAAAUUAAUCGUAAUAUAUAUAAAUAUAUAACAAUUUUGUUUGUUUUGCAGAAAGGUGGUGGAGCCAUCUUCAACACAGUGAAGACCAAAGCAAACCCAGCUAUGAAGACAGUUUAUAAAUUUGCCAAGGACCAUGCAAAAAUGAGGAUCAGAGAAGUCAAGAGUCGGUUGAAGCAAAAGGAGCAAGCAGAGAAUGGACUCUCCACUGAGGGGUCAGCAGUGACUGAUGAUGACAGCACAGCAGGAUUUGCCACCUCCACUGGUGCAGCUAGAAGCAACAGGUCACUGCAAAACUGGGAAGACAGUCGGCCAGUUGCUAUGCACUUGGGACAGGUGGGCAAAAAGGAUGUGACAAUGUAAAAACGCUAAAAACGUUUCAUAUGAAACACUUAUGUCAUAGCACACCUGAAAUGCUAUGUCAAAGGGGGAUUUAAAUGUGGUGUGUUAAAAUAGCAUUUUUCUGUUUGUAGCAUUAUGUUUGAUUGCAUCUCCCAGUACAAAAAUAUGAGACUGAUAUUGUAUAUUGUAAUUAUUUAAAUUUGGAAAAAAAAGAUUAAAAUGUGCUCGCAAAGCACUAUCUAUAUAUUUACGUUCCAGAGUAGAUAAGCUGACGUGUGUAAUUAUUUUUUUAAACUAUAUACAAUCAUGGGCUGUAUUAUUAGGUACACCUGUACAGCUAUUCAUUGCAAAUAUCUAAGAAACAGCUUAUGAGUGGCAAAGUGGUUCAUUUACAAAUUGGAAGGUUGUUUGAAUGAUGGAAUCAGGGAUCUACUAAGGAUUGCCUCUGAUGGAUCCAUUAGUCUGAGUCUGUAUGUGAAUGUUUGAAAGCACUUGGGCACAGGAAAAAAAAGUCCUGUGAAGUAUGGAGUUGUAUAGAAGAGAGGGCAAUGGACUAACCAGAUUGAUUAACUCAAAGUGAAAGGAAGUCUGAAGAGCAGAGAAGAAGUGUACUGGUCCCAGUUUUCAAGAAUUCAGUUCAGUUUCAGUUUUAUUUAUAUAGGGCAAAAUCACAACAGCAGUUGCCUUAAGGUGCUUUACAUUGUACGGUAAAGACCCUACAAUAAUACAGAGAAAAAACAGAAAAUCCCAAUAAUCAGAUGACCCCCCUGUGAGCAAGAACUUUGGUUAGUGAGGAAAAAAUGUAAAGGGAGAAAGGUAGGACAAGGACACAUUGUGGAAGAUAGCCAGAGAUUAAUAGUAACUAAUAUUAAAUACAGAGUGGUAUAUAAAUACACAGUGACUGGAAAACAUGACAUAAAACAGAACAAAGGUAAUGGGCAGAGCUGUAGUAACUAUAGAGUGGAAAAGAUAAUGAGCUAUGAGCUAAGGCUAUUGGAAAGAGUUGUUCCGCGAAACAGCGAGGCCGCGAAAGGUGAACCGCGUUAUAUCGAGGGACCACUGUA